AUGUCAUUUGAAAAAAUCGGUCUAUUUGCCGCGAGCCCGGCAACCGCGCGCGCGACAGCAGUGCAUCUCUCGUACGAUGCAAAGUCUGAUAGAAUUGUCUACACAAGCGGCAAAUGCGUGUACAUCCGGUCGGUGUCCAAGCCAGACGAGAGCAUCCAGUUUGGAGGCCACAACUAUCCCGCCACGGUGGCCAAGUUCUCUCCAUCGGGCUUUUACGUUGCCUCUGGCGACGAGAGCGGCAACGUGAAGGUGUGGGACUGCGUUUCGGACGAAUUGAUCGUGAAAGGAGACUAUCCGAUCAUCAGCGGCCGGAUCAACGACAUUGCGUGGGACGCAGACUCCAGCAGGAUCAUUGCUGUGGGCGAUGGACGGGAGCGGUACGGCCAUUGUUUCACGGCCGACUCGGGGAACACCGUUGGCGAGAUUUCUGGCCACAGCGCGCCUAUCAACGCGGUUAGCAUUCGGCCGUGCAGACCGUACCGGGCAGUGACUGUUUCGGACGACGCUGGUAUGGUUUUCCUGCAAGGACCGCCGUUCAAGUUUGCGCAGUCCGUCCGUGGCCACCACACCAACUUUGUCAGAGACGUCAAGUUCAGCAAGGAUGGCAGCUACGCGGUCAGCGUCGGCUCGGACCGUCUCAUUGUGGUGUACGACGGCAAGACGGGCGAUUUCGUGCGCAGGAUCGAAGGCGUGCACACGGCGGGCAUUUUUGGCGUCGACUGGGUUGACGAGCGCAGUUUCAUCACGUGUUCCGCGGACGGCUCGAUCAAACUGACCAAUGUCGACGGAGAAACGUCCAGAACGUGGCAGCUGGAACAAAAGCUCGAGAACCAGUUUGUCGGCUGUGUCAAGACCAACGAGUACGUUCUCGGGCUCACGCUGAGCGGCGACUUGCACUAUUUUGCCGACUCGUCGGACUUGCCCGUCAGGGUUGUGUACGGCCACCAGAAGUCCAUCACCGCGCUGUCCUGUGUCGUUGACGGAAACGUCUAUUCGGGCAGCUACGACGGCAGAGUGAUGAAAUGGGACCUUGCGACGAAGACGGGCGACCUGGUCAAGGGCCAGACGCACUCGAAUCUGGUCGUCAGCAUUGCAAACACAGGAAACGGCGUUGUCACCGUUGGCUGGGACGACGCAAUAAAAUAUCUGGACUCUGGAAAACUGGCCACUGCCACCACGGUGUCCAAACAGCCCACCCAGGCCGACUUUGGAGCCGAGUUCGGCGCAGUCAUCACCGACGACGAGCUGAUCGUGCUCGACCAGCAGGGCAGACAGAUUGCGCAGCACAAACUGGACUACAGCCCAAGCUCUGUGGCUGUGUCUUCGACGCAUAUCGUCGUGACCGACGCGACGACGUUCGCCGUCAAUGUGUACGACAGGCACUUCAAUCUCGUUGGGACGGUGGCUCCGAUGCGCGCCCGGCCGUCUGUGUCGAAAAUCUCGCCGAACGGGGAUUAUCUGGCCUGUGGAGACGUCAACGGUAAAAUCCACUGCUACAAGCUCGAGGACCUGUCUUUGGUGACCACCAGAUGGGCGUUCCACACAUCCAGGAUCAACUCGCUCUCCUGGCACGCAGACAACGACCACGUUGUGUCUGGCUCGCUCGACACCAACAUUAUUGUGUACUCGGUCAGCAAGCCAGCGAAGAACGUCAAGGCGUUGAACGCUCAUAAGGAGGGUGUUGCAGGCGUGAGUUGGAUUAGCGAGAAUGAGCUUGUCAGCGGCGGGGCCGAUUCCUGUUUAAAGUUCUGGAAAGUCCAGCUCGUCUAG